GUCAAUUAUGUCCAAAUGUUCUAUGAUCAAUUUUCAAUCACAUUUCACAUCUAUCUUGCAAUACAUUGUGAAGUUUGGUCCCAAGUGGAUAUGGCACUCAGCUGCACAGAUCCUGACUGGCACCUUCAACAUGGUUGUCUAAUGUGCAUGUUUGAGUUCAGUCAACCUGAUGAAUGUCUGCUGUAUCCUACCAGUCUUAGCACAAUGGAUGGGAACAAUUCUGCAAAACACAUUACAAAUACCAGCAGUGCUGAUCACUGCAUCUUUCCCAGCAGGUAUAUGAUCCCCCCAGAUCAAGUUGACAUAUUUAAGGAUGAUGCACAGUUAUGUCCUGGUGAAUACAGAGCUAAACAACUCACAUCAUAUAUCAACAAUUGGAAAGCUGCUAAUUCAACUAAUGAAAAUACUGUGCAUGUUUUUGAACAGAUUGGUAUCUUUCUCUCUGCAUGCCAACAUGGAAUUGUUCAAACAGUUACUGGGAUGCGCCACAGUGGUGAGCUGUAA